AUGUCUUUCAUUUCUGUGUUUGCUGUUUUGUCUGUUAUCGAAUGGCUUGGAACCAAUGAAAUACGGUUAAGGGUUUCUCAGAAGCUUCACACAAGUAGUCAAGUGGCGGUUGGUGGGUUCGUGGGUUCUGUUUCUGCAUUUUAUGGUACAAAACAUGGAACUUGCUUCUCCUUGAAGCCUUUGAGUCAUCUCUAUUACUUCAACUAUGUGUUUCUGGUUGCAUCUGUAACUAUUAUUGCUUAA